GUGCAAGAGGGCGGCUCCGAAGAGGAUGCCCUUGCCGGCAUCGGGUGCCCCUUGACUUCACUGGGACUUACUCUUGUGUAGAGAUGCCGGGGCAACACCUCUGGUGCGGACUAUUGGAACUGGGGAAGCAUCGCCAAGGGAGACUGAGUUGCCGGGUCGCGCGGCGCCUGUUUUAAUAAUAUCUAUUGAACGUUUUCCACAUUUAGGGCCAGCGUUAAGAAACUCCUUUUCCCGCUGAGUUGCUCUGUUUAAUUUUCAACAGAAGAUUAAAGAUGAUCAGCAUAAGUGCAUUUUAUUCCUCCGGACAGGAAGAUCUCACCUGGCUGAUCGAUUUCCUGAAGACAUGGAUGUAUUCAGACAAUUACCUGGGCAAUUUUCCUGCCUAUCCAGUAUGCCUUCUGUGGGUGCUGGCAUCACUGGUACUCCUGUUUUCACCUGUUCUAGUCAUUAUCGGCUGCAUUUACCUUUCUAAUCUUCUCCUGCAUAUUUACAAGAGACAAUUCCAUUUAAACGAAAAUUAUCUCAGCAAAUCUUGGGACAAUGGAAGAAGGACAGUGUCUUACCUUUGGGAUAUAUAUGGCAAGCUGUGUCAUGGUUAUGAAGUACAUGGGAUGGACAAACUACCACAAGGACCAGGGCUUCUUGUAUUUUACCAUGGCGCUUUUCCUUUAGAUUAUCAGUACUUUGUGUCUAGACUCUAUUUGCAGACAGGCAGAUUCUGCCGCACAGUGGUUGACUACCAUUUUUCCAAAAUACCAGGCAUAAAGCUGUUUUAUAACGUGCAAGGUCUUACACAUGACGGAAGACUGGAAUGUGUUGAAAUUCUGAAAAAGGGUUACUUAUUGGGCGUUUUGCCAGGUGGAGCCAGAGAAGCACUCUUCAGUGACCAGAGCUAUGGUCUCUUAUGGGGUAGACGCACAGGUUUUGCUCAUGUGGCCAAAGAUGCUAAAGUGCCUGUCAUCCCUAUAUUUACAAAAAAUCUACGAGAAGGAUACAGAACACUUGGAAAAAUAUGGCCCUUGAAGUGGCUAUAUGAAAGUACCCGGUGGCCAAUUGUUCCAGUAUAUGGAGGGUUUCCAGUCAAAUUCUGCACCUAUGUAGGAGAUCCUAUUCCUUAUGAUCCUAAUAUAACAGCUGAAGAACUGGCUAGAAAGGUAAAGACUGCAAUAGAGGAUCUCAGAGAUAAACAUCAAAAAAUACCAGGCAGCAUACGGAGAGCUAUAUUGGAACGGUUUCAUAAACAUCCAAAUGAUGAUUAAUGGGAUAAUCUAUUUUGAAUAUGUAGACAUCAUUCCUCCAAAAUGUUUGCUAAUUAUUUAUAUGGUACAUGGACUCUUUUUCUUUCUUUUUAAUAGAGGCUACAAAUUCAAAGUAUCUAUACCAAAUAUUAAAAUAAUGUACAUUCGUCUUCUGAAUCUCAGCAAGGUUGGAUUCAUGAAACUACUUCACUUCUGCAAGCAAGUGGAAAGGAAUCUGGUCUUGCUCGUCUAGACUUUUGAGCAGACCACUGUCAGAUGCAUCUACAGCAUUUUAUAUGAACUGAUGGAUAGUAUCUUAGAGUCAAAUUUGAUUGACCUUAUGUUUUAUCAGCUCCUGAGUAAGUAGUUGAUCUUAAAAACACAUAUUUGGAAUAAUAAGCCACCUUGUGUCUUUUUAAGGAGAAAGGUGGGUUAAAAAUAUUUUAAAUAUAUAAAUAAACCUGUUUAAAUGCAGAAGCAAUUUCAACUAGUCUGGUAAUUCCUGCUGUAAAAUAUGAACAAAACUGACUCGACUUCUUGUGAAAGAUUGCAUGUCAUCAGAGCUGAAAUGUUAAGUAGUUAUGUUCUGUUUGUAUUAGUUAGAACUGCUUUGUACUUUGUUCUCUUGCAUUCCAUAACAAAAGAUCUUAUGGUUUACGUUGGCUUCCCUCUUUAGAUGGUUUAUGGCAUUGUAGGAAUGGCAGCCUCCUUUCCUGUGCAAAGGGGCUGAUGCAGGAGGUAACACAGGUAACAAAACAGUGGCAGAACAGUGGAAUUCAGUUGUGUA